CUCCGGAAAAUUUUAACAGUCAAUUACGGCAAUGUGUCAAUGCGACGACCCCGAUUUUUGCUGCACAAUGUUCUUCGCUAUAUGGAGCAUAGUCAUUGGUGCAAUUUCCUUGGCAAGCGCACUGCUGAAUUUAAUAGAUACGUGGAGCUAUUGGCCAGAUUUCGGAAAAGAUGCCUUUGAAUCGAUUAGCGCUGUAUUAUUGCUAGUUUUGUUGAUUGUCAGCAUUUUGUAUUUUUGUUCUGGGAUUUGCAUGCUGAUGGGAAUUAAACGGCGCUCAAGAAAGCUGUUCGUCUGUGGAAAAGGUCUAAGCUAUUUUUUUCCAAUUAUAACCUUCUAUAUGGUAUUUACAAUAGUUGUCCACUUCUCGUGCUUGCCGAAAGUAUGCAGGUAUAUGAAGAGAACUUGGUCGUAAAUUAGUUCCUUGCAAAAUACUUGGAGUACGGCAUUACCAGGACGGUUCUCUGAUGUAUUUCAAUAUGUGAACGUCAAUACAAAUCUGUUGU